CCAUCCCUCCCUCCUUCUUCUUCCUCCUCCUCCUCAUAGAAACUGUGCAACUCACAGAGAGCAGCGCUUCAGACGCGCUCACCGCCGCGCACACGAGUUUCCAGUCGACCACAUAAUACUUCCCAGUGACUUGGCGGCUCCGACUUUGGUUUCACAAACUUCACUUGGACUCGACACCAUGCUGGAUUAAGCCCACUGACCGUUGUUAUUCGACCAGAGGAGGUUUGUUUUACGACAGCGCAGGUACAAUGACCGCAUUCUGCAGCAGAUCCACUGAUUAGAGGGGUGAGAUCCGUUUUCUACAGGACUGCAGUGUUUGCACUGUGACCUGUUGGUUUGGACACGGACAGUGAAGAGGUCACAGGCAAUCUAGCACCAUGGAUAUCGGCAACGAUGUGGAUCUGUCCAAUAAAAACAUCACCCCAUUGUGGAGAUGCCGCACAGACAAUUAUAAACCCCCCCAGGACUCAAGCAAACCAAAACCGCGACCCCUCAGUUACCACAUAAAUGGGGUCAUGACGACGGACUUCCCUGUGGAGGACAAGAAGUGUUCCUUCACCUUGAGCCAACCUGCUGAAAGGCUGGUGGUCACUCCCCCGAGUUGGGGCAAGAAAACUACGGUGUUGAAGCACGUUCUGCACAAACCCUCCAGGAAAUCCAGAGUUGUCCGAAGCAUUAGCAUCGGGCACUUCUCCAACAGACUCUUCUCACUGUCAAAAUUUAGGUCUGACGAUGGCAGAUCCGCCUCACUGGACAAUAGAGUGUGUAAUGGAGACGGGCAGAAAACCAGCAAUAGGGUGACAGUAUGGCAGGAAAAGCAUCUCCAGGACCCCCAGAAACGCAUGUCCAGCCCGUUCAGCUUGCGCUCACGGAAAGACCAGAAAGCAUUUGAGAUGAGUUCACCCUCAUCUGAAGCUGUUCUUAACUCUUCUCCUGUCCUGUCUCCACACACUCCUAACAACAACAACAACAACUACAACUCCCAAGAACUCUCCUCCCUUUUGUCUGCAUCCAGCCCCUCUCCUCCAGCCCGGCGUACCCCUACCCCCUCCCACAGCUCCACGUCCAGCAUCCCCUCCCUCUCUUCCCUUACCUCCUCAGACCCCCCGACCCCACGCUCCCCGUCGCCAGCGGACAGAGGACAAGCGCUCGUUAGAACGUCCUCAUUGUCGCCUGACUCCUCACAGAACACCAGGCAUGCGUCUUUCUCUUCUUCCAUCUCCUCAACCUCAGCUUGUUCCUCACUUUCCCCAUCUAUCUCUCCCUCCCCCUCCAUCGUCCUCAGCACCCAUAGCCCCGCUGCCCUGAAGAUGGGCACCCAGCAGCUAAUUCCCAAGGGUUUGGCAUCCGAUAUUCGGCAAAGCAAGGUGCCGCCCCCUGAGCCGCAAGGCCAAGGUUUAACAGGGCUGCUGGGGUUGGAUAAUUCCAAGCGAGCGUUGAAAGCCCUCAGCAUGGUAGAAACAGGAACCUACUUUUCUACAGGAGGGGGUCAAGCUGAGGGGACAGAUGGGGAAACUGAGAGCACGGGGACACUACAAAGAGGCCUGAGGAGUACUUCCUAUCGGAGGGCAGUUGUGGAGAGUGGAGUAGACUUAGAGGUCCCAUCGGUAGAUCCCAAGGCCCAUCGGUUGUCCCAGCCUGUCAUCAGAUGGCUAGAUGAGGAUAAGACGGCUUCACCAGUCAGCCCAGCAAGUCCUGGAACUGCAAAGCCCUCCAGCCCUGGGACACUCAAACUUGCCGGCCCUGGGACACCCAAAUCAGCCAUCUCCAGGAUUACAAAGCCUGCUAGCCCUAGGACUGCAAAGCCUACCAGCACGGGGAAAAACAAGAGUGCAGACAAGAAGAAAGUUUUAACCCAUCAGCGGACGUUUGACAGCGAGGAGGAGGAGCUGUACCAGAACUACCAGGAGAAGGCCUUGCAUAAUGACUCAGAUGAGGAUGCCGACUCCAGAGAACCCAAACCCGAUAACGGCAUCGUGGUGCAGUACAGACCUAUACGCACCUCCUGGAGCCAACUCAGCGUGGUGAAGAAAAGUGGUCUUUCUGACCGGAUGAAUCAGGAGGAACGCAAAAGACAAGAGGCCAUUUUUGAGGUGAUCUCGUCGGAGCACUCUUACCUCCACAGUCUGGAGAUCCUGAUCCGCAUGUUCAAGAACUCCGCGGAGCUCAGCGAGGCCAUGACCAAGACCGAACACCACCACCUCUUCUCCAACAUCGCCGACGUCUGUGAGGCUAGCAAAAAGUUCUUUAAGGAAUUGGAGGAGAGACACCAACAGAACAUUGUCAUCGACGACAUCAGCGACAUCGUUGAUAAGCAUGCUCAGUCCAACUUCGAUCCCUUUGUCACAUAUUGCUCCAACGAGGUCUACCAGCAAAGAACCCUGCAGAGGCUAGUGUCCAAGAAUCCCAUUUUUAAGGAGGUACUGACCAGGAUAGAGAGCCACCCAGACUGCAGGAACCUCCCCAUGAUCUCCUUCCUUAUCCUGCCCAUGCAGAGGAUCACGCGCCUCCCCCUACUCAUGGAUACAAUUUGUCAGAAGACACCUAAAGACUCCACACAAUACGAAGAGUGUAAGAAGGCUUUACAAGCAGUCAGCAAGGUGGUAAGAAAGUGUAAUGAGGGAGCUCGCACAAUGGAAAGAACAGAGAUGAUGUAUACCAUCAACUCUCAGCUGGAGUUCAAGAUCAAGCCCUUCCCGCUGGUCUCCUCCUCCAGGUGGAUGGUAAAGAGAGGAGAAUUGACGGCAUUUGUGGAGGACAACGGCAUCUUCCUCAAGCGGACAUCACGGCAACAAGUCUAUUUCUUCCUCUUCAAUGACGUCUUCAUUGUCACUAGGAAGAAGAGCGAGGAGAGUUACACUGUGAUCGACUACGCGCUGAGGGACCAGAUCUGGGUGGGUUCCUGCCAGCCCGAGGAUCUCAACCUGUCACCGGUCAGAAGCACCGCCAGCAUGCUGAGCUCACGGCAAGCUGGCGCCAACCAUUUUUUCCGUCUGCGUUUCCGAAGCAACCACUCCGGCGAAACGGUGCCCAUGGUCCUGGGGACGGAGCUGCUGAAUGAGCGUGCUCGAUGGAUCAGCGCCCUGGGCCAGAAUGUCAACAACAACAACAAGAGUCAGGACAGAACCAAUGUCAUGCAGGUGGAGGUGAUCAGAACUUACACAGCCAAGCAGCCAGACGAGUUGUCCCUGCAGGUGGCUGAUGUGGUGCUGGUCUCGCAGACUGUAGAGGAUGACUGGUAUGAAGGCGAGCGACUGCGCGACGGAGAAAGGGGGUGGUUCCUCGCCGAGUGUGCCGAACCAAUCACGUGCCAGGCCACCAUCGAGCGCAACAUGCAGAGGAUGGACCGCCUGCAGGGGUUGGAGACCAACGUAUGAGCCCGGUGCUUAAAACCACAGAGGGCUUUUUUUCUUCUCAGCUGGUAGUGAUCCUUUGACUCACCAGUGAACUUCCUUUUUUUAAGAAGCAAACCCAAACAAAUGAGUUCAGUAACCACAUCAGUGACCUGCCUUCAGGGACCAAGUGGACCAGAUGAAGACGUAGUUCUUAAGACUUCAGCUCAGCGUCCACUAAAUAUCAGGCAUACUGUCGGAGUUUAGAAGCGAACACGAGAUGUCCUUAACUGCUGAUUGGUCCCUGUGUGGGUGGGAUCUGUCACAAUAAUUACCCGGUUGGUGAGAAGACUUCACACCCACUGCCAGAGUCACUCCUUUCAACACCACGCUACUUACAACUUUUGGUGUGAAAUGUGUAAAUGUACAUUUUUUUUUUUUUUUUUUUUGCGUUAGUGAUGUACUAUGUAACAAUUGGAACUACAGUAUCGCCAUAGGAGGUAAAGUAGACCAAAUAGUGUAGAGAUGACGGCAGCCUGAUGUGUGCUCUGUUCAUGACGAUCAUCAGGCCGUGUAACUAGGAGCUUUGCCAGUAACAAUGCAACUAUGAAGAUGUUGGUUGUGAAAGGGAUAAUGAGGCAAGACGGUGGGAUUGGCAGCUUCUUUACAGUGCGUGGGUUAGUGUAGAACAGAUGCUACUUCAGCAGCAUCCGAUAGCAAGUGAAACUAUUACCAUGAUGUUUACAAGAAGAUAUACAGAAGGGUGUACGUUGAGCUGCAGAAUAAACAAAUGCUACUUGUCUGAAGCCCAUGGAACUGUGUCAACAGAAUAAGUCAUUAAUUGAAUAUUACAGUUCGAGGUAUAAUCUCAUGACAUCAUCACACGGGUUAAGUAUCUGUCCUCUACCUUGCUGUUUGUCACCAGUUAAUGUCACCGCCGUGAAUCAGACUCUACAUUUGUGUCACAGAUCCCAUUUUUCUCUCCACCCACUCAAUGAUUUGGACAGCCUGAAAUAUCACGCACCCUAGAGGCCAGCCAGCGGUGUAAAUAUAAAUAUCCCCCCCCCCCCCAGGAUUUAUAUCUGAUGUCAGGCGUGCUGAAUUAAUUUGUGCGUGCCGAUGGUUUGACCGGAAGAGAAGAGCGCCCCUGCUUUUAAUGCGAUAGUCCAGCGUGAGUCAUCUUUUUUUUUUUUUUUUAAGUGUUGCAAUGCCCAGCCAAUGGAAAUGAAUGGCUUGGUCAGAGGGGCCAGAGCGCCAUCCAUCAAGCCCCACUGCUCCGGCCCCAGCCGGAAUGACAACCUCAACUGGCGAGGUAUGACGGUAGCGGGCAGAGCACCCAGAGGGAAGGACAUGGGUAUCCGGACGGAGCUUUGCAUUUGCACUCAGGGAAAAUUAGCUCUGCGAUACCACACAUAAGCAUGAAUUGAUCUUUAUUUCAAAUCACUUUCUGUACUUAUAACUAUUGUAAAUCAUGUCUACAUGUAAAUAUGUAAAGCAGCCUCCAAUUGUAACAUACGUUUGCCAAGAUACAGAUUUAUAUUGUAGAAACUUGUUCAGUCAACCUUUAUAUAUUUCAGCCACUAAAAAAAUAAAAGCUUAAUUGCC